AUGGGUCAAGAAGAGAGUGCAGAUCAUAAGGAGGUAGAUUUGGCACAAAUUCAGGGAUUAUGUACAACUUUUAUGAAGGAAUGUCCUAGUGGGGCCUUACACCUGCACGAAUUCAAACGGAUCUUUGGUGUCCAGAGAGAAUCGGAGGAGGAAUCGGCCUAUAUGGAAACAAUAUUCCGCUCAUUUGACACUAACCAGGAUAAUGCCAUAGACUUUAUGGAAUAUGUAGCAGCGCUACACCUGGUUCUCCGAGGAAAACUAGAAGACAGAUUGAAGUGGUCGUUCAAAGUUUAUGACAAAGAUGGGAAUGGUCGCCUGGACAGACAAGAGGUGAAACACAUCAUAAAGAUAAUCUACAAAAUAAAGAUGAGGAAUUCAGAUAUGAACAUGACCCCCUGUGAAGUCUGUGACAGGAUAUUUGAGCUGGUCGACCAAGACAAUGAUGGUCAGAUCUCAUUAACUGAGUUUAUGGAAGGAGCAAGGAAAGACGAGUGGGUGAUGGAUCUUCUGAAGUUGGAUGUCAAUGCCAGUGGCUGGUUCAUCCAUAACUGGAAUAAAGGACCCUGA